UGGGCCGACUAGAGUGCAAAAUGAGAGUGACUUACGGCGACCCUCAGACAAACGUUCUGCCUACAUGGUAAAAAGCACCCGCAUAUAUAUCCAGUGGUCUUAGCUUGAUCGCACUGAUCGCUCAUUCCAGCCGUGGCCGGGUCCGCCCAAUAGCCUGCUCCCAAAAUGUAAUGCGACGCUGGAUCGAGCCACAGGUACAGCCAGAAACAGUAGUGGCGGCCGUCAAGCGCGUACGGGUGUCCACAGAUCCGGCGUCUGUCAACGGCAAGGCGGAUGAAGGCAGAGAGGACGUGCUGCCAGCCAAGCGACAUUUUCCGAGGAAAAAUGAGAACCAAUUUACGUCCCUCUUGUGGCGGCGGGUCUCGAGCCUGCGAGCCGUGGUCUUCAGGUUCCAGAGGGGUAACCCUCUGAAGCAAGCUUUGGGGUUCCUUUGCACCCGCCGCUGCCGCAGGAUGCGCCCGAUCCUCAUCGUGGCAGUGCUGGAAAGCAAAAGUGUCGACGCUGCUUCCGGCGAUAGCGACGUACCAGAGCCCUCGGUUACCAGCAUGGCCGGUCUAGGCGAUGAAUCGCCUGCCUCGCCUGUAGCUCUAGAUGCGGAGUACGACCGACCAGUUCCGGCAUCCCCGGCAUCCCGCCAUGCGCUCGCGUGCGCAGCAGGGUCGUCUUGUCGUCAGGGCGACGGAUGUGCCAGGCACCCGAACCUAUCUGCAUUUUACCGUCGACUUCGAGAUGCCAAGUCGCUCAAGGCCAAGGCGGACAAUGAGGGUAGCGAGGGCGACGAGCCCGAGCCGGCCGAUGCCGGACUGCUCUUGCAGCCGCCCAACAGCCAAGACCGGAUCGACUUCCCUGCCGUGCCGCCGCAAGUGGUGGAGAGCCGGGCACGCACACCACACUGCCGGACGACGAGAGCACCAGCGAGCUCGAACCGGCGGAUGCCGAGCCACGCUUUUAGCCCUAGAGCCCAUGCAGCGCCACCUCCGGUCGUAGGGUUGAUCUACAACAGAGAACACCGCCAUCCUCUCGUUCUGGACGACGGAGGAGAGCAGAAUGAGGAUUGUUCUGUUGUGCCGCCGCAAGCGCAGGAGAGUCGGGCAGGCAUGCCAAGUUUGUCGGGCGAUGAGAGCGGCAACGAAAGUGAGCUGGCCAAUACCGAGCCAUCUAUGCAGCCGUCCACCAGCCAGGAGCAAGUUAACCUUUAG